AUGACGGAAACAAAACCGAACCAAACGACAUCACCAUAUACGCAGGAAAGUAUCUCAACAAAUGAGCAUCCACUCGGUCAAUCAGCUUCAGAAUUUCCAAUGGAGCCACCUCCAAAAUAUGACGAUGCUCGACACAGCCCUGCACCGGUCAAUCGAAAUGUACAGCAAGUACCUCACGUAGUGACUAUCGUUCAACCGCGGUUUGGCGAUUUGUCUGUCCAGUGCACGUGUCCGAACUGUCAUCAAACUAUUGUAACACGUGUGGAAAGGUCGAAUGGCAUACUCGUAUGGUUAAUAUGUGGAAUACUCAUACUUGUAGGCUGCUGGCUCGGCUGUUGCCUCGUUCCAUUUUGUAUUGACGAAUUGAAGGAUACAACGCAUUACUGUCCAAACUGUGGAAUAAUGUUGGGCAAGAACAAGAAACUCUGA